GUCCGGCAACAGUGACUGUGACAUGCAUGGAUACAAGUACUGAUUUCAAUAUAUGACUUCUUGUUCUGGAAAUCCAAGUCAGAAUACACACACACACACACGCACACACGCACACACGCACACACGCACACACGCACACACGCACACACGCACACACGCACACACGCACACACGCACACACGCACACACGCACACACGCACACACGCACACACGCACACACGCACACACGCACACACGCACACACGCACACACGCACGCACGCACACACGCACACACGCACACACGCACACACGCACACACGCACACACGCGCACACGCGCACACACACGCACACACGCGCACACGCGCACACACACGCACACACGCACACACGCACGCACGCACGCACGCACGCACGCACGCACGCACGCACGCACGCACGCACGCACGCACGCACGCACGCACGCACGCACGCACGCACGCACGCCUAAACCCUAAACCCAAACCCAAAACCCAAACCCAAACCCUACCCUAGAUCUCUUACUUUUUGAAUUUCAAUUUUCGCGAUCGGGUCACAGGCGUUUGCUUACUGGUAUUAAUUACCGAACAGGUGGUUUCACUUUCAACUUAAGCAAGACAAUCUCAAGAUGAGUACUAAUUAUGUUUUCCAAAUACAGAUGAUGAAGUGAUCAGAUGUGCGCAUUUUUGCGCAAAAUUCUGAUUUACCAUCGAUCGAUAGACAGGUUUUAAAAAAUCCAAUUUUUCUGAGAUCUUAGCCAAAGUAGCUAUAGAUUGACACUAGGUUUUUUUGUUCGACUUUCGCUAAAAACACGUUAGAAGAAGGAAAACCCAACCGACGGAUUCAUUGCCACGUAUCCGCAGUAGCAAACAAACAGCCAAACAAGUCUGGAAAGGCAAUAGGUGCAAGAAGAUGACGAAGUGAAGGCGUCUUGAUUCACCACGUACUCCCGGAUCGCCACGAAUCCAAAACGAGUUACAAGAAACAACCAGACAAGUAGCUUUCUGCUUCAAUACAAAGCAAAACUAUAUCAAAAUUAUACUUCCAAAACAAAAUCAGUGUCUACUCUACAACCUCUAUGUCUUUUCAAGCGAGCUUAUGAACUGUUUGUACUACAUCAGUUCCUUUUUUCGCAAGCUUUUCAAUACAAAAAAAAAGAUAAAUUGAAGAGUGUGUAGGUCUUCGUCUUGUGGUGAGAUAUAAAAACUUCUGGGAUAAAGCUUGCGCAAGUCAGUGGCCACCGGGCGCGGGUUUAGUCGCGAGAGUUAGAUUACCAUUACCAGUCUUCCACUUCUCAUGAUCAUAUAAGGCUGGCGCACGUGCAUUGUAGUGCGAGUGAGUGAAUGCACGUUGAGAAAAUCAUGUGGGUAAUGGUAUUGUAAUAUGACAUUUGUGUGAUUGUGAGAUGACGAUAAGCGGAGUUAUUAAGAUAAACGCAAAGCGAAUAUAAUUUCGCAACUACCCUUGUUUGUGGCCCU